CCGGAAGAUAUAGUAGCACAGAAUCCCCGGUCUUCCGACACGCCGGGCGGGAAGAUGUCAUCGUUGCCAAGAAGAGCAAAAAUACAGGUCCAGACUGCAGUAUCCAAAGAUGAAUUUGCUUGCUUCUCGGAGUUAUCAUCUGCCUCUGAAGAAGAUGACAAGGAAGAUAAUGCCUGGGAGCCCCAAAAGAAAGUCUCCAGAAGCCGUAAGCAGCCAGCUCCCAAGAAAACCAGACCAAAAAGGGUACCUCGAGUGAAGAAGAACACCCCACUGAUCAGUGAUGGCUCAGGGGUUGUGGAUGUUAAAGAGGAGCUGCUGAGCUGUCACAUGGGGAGAGAAAGUGAGGGUGAAAAUAGCUCUGUGGCAAUUGCUGAUGUUGAUUUGGAAAAGGAAAAAUACAAAUUGGACACUGUACAGACUCUGAAAACAGCGAAGACAAAAAGGAAAAAUUCAGCUCAAAGGACCAAAAAACUGAAAAUUGAAGAAGAAAUGAGCAAAGCCAGCAAUUUAGAGGGUGGGACUAAUAGUACAGAAAUACCAUCAACAAGCACCAUGUGGGAAGGUGCAUGCAAGAAGGAAGAGAGUGAAGAUGACUUUACAUUUGGUCAGUCUCCUUUAAAGAAAAUCAAGACUGAAAUGUGCCCUCAGGGGCAGCCUGUCAAGUUUCCAGCAAGUGCCAACAAUAUUAAGGAGGAAGUAGAAAUGAACUGGGACAUAGUUCAGGUUUUAUCUGAGAGAACCAACAUUGAACUUUGGGUUUGUGCCAACAUUAUUCGUCUCUUUAAUGAUGAUAACACAAUUCCCUUCAUUAUACGUUAUCGAAAAGAACUCAUUAAUAACCUUGAUGCUGAUUCCUUGAGAGAAGUUCGACAAACCCUAGAGGAGUUACGGGCUGUUGCAAAGAAGGUUCAUAGUACAAUCCAGAAAAUUAAGAAGGAAGGGAAGAUGUCUGAAUGCUUACUAAAAGCCUUGCUGAAUUGUAAAACUUUGGAAGAACUAGAACACGUGUCUGCUCCCUAUAAAACUGGGAGCAAAGGCACCAAAGCCCAAAGAGCAAAGCAGCUGGGAUUAGAAAGAGCAGCCUGGACCCUGCUGGAGAAGCCAGGGGAGCUUAAUCUGCUGUCUUACAUUAGACCUGAUGUUAAAGGGCUGUCAGCACUCCAGGAUAUUGAAACAGGAGUGCAGCAUAUUUUGGCAGACAUGAUUGCUAAAGACAAAGACACGCUUGAUUUCAUUCGGAAAUUGUGCCAAAAUAGAUACAUUUGUAUCCAGUCAUCUCUGGCAAAAGUGUCCUCAAAAAAGGUAAAUGAGAAAGAUGUUGAUAAGUUUCAGCUCUACCAGAACUUUUCAUGUAACAUAAGAAACAUCCAGCAUCAUCAGGAACCUGCCCCAGAAAUGUGGGAUGUGGACUGUUAUCUUCAAGGCCCUGCUGAACCCCAGAGUAGCGGGUAUAAGCAGAUUUUGGCAAUUAAUCGUGGAGAGAAUUUGAAGAUAUUGACAGUCAAGGUCAACAUUUCCGAUGGAGUGAAGAAUGAAUUCUGUAGGUGGUGCAUCCAAAACAGGUGGAGACCACGUGGCUUUGCAAGGCCAGAAUUAAUGAAGAUUUUACAUAAUUCACUGGAUGAUUCCUUUAAACGCCUUAUUUAUCCUCUUCUGUGUAGAGAGUUCAGAGCCAAACUGACAUCAGAUGCAGAGAAGGAAUCAGUAAUGAUGUUUGGACGGAAUCUUCGUCAGCUUCUUUUAACAAGCCCUGUUCCAGGCCGCACCUUGAUGGGAGUGGAUCCUGGUUACAAACAUGGUUGCAAACUAGCUAUAAUUUCUCCUACCAGUCAGAUACUUCAUACUGAUGUGGUUUACUUGCAUUGUGGACAAGGCUUCAGAGAGGCUGAGAAAAUAAAGAGGCUUUUGCUGAAUUUCAACUGCAGCACAGUGGUGAUUGGAAAUGGAACCGCCUGCCGGGAAACCGAAGCUUACUUUGCUGACCUGAUAAUGAAAAAUUACUUUGCACCACUGGAUGUUGUUUACUGUAUCACCAGUGAAGCAGGAGCAUCAAUCUACAGUGUUAGUCCUGAAGCUAACAAAGAGAUGCCAGGGCUAGAUCCUAAUUUAAGAAGUGCAGUUUCCAUAGCAAGGCGUGUACAAGAUCCAUUAGCUGAGCUAGUGAAAAUUGAGCCGAAGCACAUUGGAGUUGGAAUGUAUCAGCAUGAUGUAUCUCAGACAUUACUCAAGGCCACACUGGACAGUGUUGUAGAAGAAUGUGUCAGCUUUGUGGGAGUGGAUAUUAACAUCUGUUCAGAAGUUUUGCUAAGGCACAUUGCAGGACUCAAUGCCAACAGAGCCAAAAAUAUUAUUGAAUGGCGAGAGAAAAAUGGACCCUUUAUCAACCGAGAACAGCUGAAGAAAGUGAAAGGGCUGGGUCCAAAAUCCUUCCAACAGUGUGCUGGUUUCAUCAGAAUUAACCAGGAUUAUAUUCGAACAUUUUGCAGUCAGCAAACUGAAUCUUCAAGCCAAAUUCAAGCGGUUGCUGUAAAAUCUUCAGCAGGAGAGGUCACAAGUGAGAAGCAAGGCAAAAAGAAGAGCAAAACUACAGUGGAUAUUGUACUGAAGCCAAAUCCUCUGGAUCAGACUUGUAUUCAUCCAGAAUCAUAUGAUAUAGCAAUGAGGUUCAUGUUCAUAAUAGAAUACUGUGUCCCAAUGAAGAAAGUCCUUACCCUUAAGAGGUUUUUAUCAUUCAUUGGAGGGACACUGUAUGAAAUUGGAAAGCCUGAAAUGCAACAAAAAAUAAAUUCAUCCCUUGGAAAGGAAGGAAUAGAGAAAACUGCUGAAAGAUUGCAGACAACAGCACACACUUUACAGGUCAUCAUAGAUGGUCUCAGCCAGCCUGAAAGCUUUGACUUUCGAACAGAGUUUGAUAAACCUGAUUUCAAGAGAAGUAUAGUGUGCUUGGAAGAUCUGCAGGUUGGAACAGUUCUUACAGGCAAAGUUGAGAAUGCCACUCUGUUUGGGAUUUUUGUGGAUAUAGGAGUGGGAAAAUCAGGGUUGAUCCCCAUACGAAAUGUAACAGAAGCAAAACUUUCUAAAACAAAAAAGAGAAGGAGUCUUGGACUGGGCCCUGGAGAAAGAGUGGAAGUCCGAGUACUGAACAUUGACAUCCCCCGAUCUAGGAUUACUCUGGAUCUCAUUCGGGUGUUGUGAGUGUCCCACUGAAAGCCAGACACUGAUUUUUAUUUCUUCAUUUCUAAGGAUAGAUCACGUGUUAUUGAGUUCUAGAUAGCAGAGAAGAAAGAAUCCACAAGAGUAUUUUCCACUUUCCUUAUGAAUAAAUAGAAAACUAUCAACUAGUUAAAGAAAGCAGCUAGUAGAUAUCCUUACAUGGUAUUAUGUAGUCACAGUUUUCUGACCAAAAUUUUAUUUUUUAUUUUUUGUAUUUCAUUUUUUUGACUCAACAUUUUUUAUAAUAGAUUGUUCACUCCCACUUGCCAGCAUCCUCCUCAUUGGAUUUAUAUGGGAUCAUCUUUUUUAUUUGAAUUGUACAAUACUUUUUGACACAGUACAGCUGGCAGUAUGUAAUUCUUCCAUUUUAUAGAUUUUUUUUUUAAUCAGGCCUUUUGGACAUGAUUCAUGAUUUUACAAUAAUCUUUAUUUUCUCUUGCCACGCAAACUAAAACCAGAUUCUGAUGUGAACAUCAAUUGAAUGGCUCAAAAUAUUUCUUAGAGGAUAUAUGUAUUGAUCCCUACAAUAAAGUUUUGUGGCUAGUGUC